CUAGAUACAGUAGCACGGACUCGUUUGUUGUAGACGUAACACAAAAUGAAGUGCUAGAGGAAAAUUGAGACUUUGGAGGAUUCUGGAGAGCAUACAUUUAUGAUAUAACAUUAGCAUUUCAGGUUAGCAUGUAUUGUAUAUUUCUUUUCCUGUUAUAUACUUCCUUUUCAUUGGCAUAGAUUUCAGGAAUUCCGAUCGAAAAUAGUGGGAGAAUGGCAUCUCGUCACGUAUCUCGUGGUUGCCCCCACGACACUAAACACGGAAGUACACCAAGAGUAAAUAACCUGGUCAUCAGUGUAGUGUUUUGUGGUUUUAGUAAAUUGAAUCACAGCCGCUCAAACGAACAUUUAACUAAGGUUUAAAUACGGCUAUCUAGGUAACAUAUUCGUAGUUUGUUCGGUACAAAACUGGAGGGGCGUCGGAAACGUAUGUGUACCCCGUGGGGUAUCUAAGUUAACAUCAUUGGAAGUAACCAUAUUUACCUCGUCUGCCAAGCUAUUUGCUCUGUCAGGUAAAGCGAGUUAGCUAGUGUGUGGUGCACAGUCAUACCGCACGCCAAGUCUGUCGCUUACCGACGACAUCGCUAGAUCUAAUGUAUUCGAACUGUAGCAACUAGUCAAGCCUCAGGCUUGAAAACAUUGUGGAGUUGGGUUGCCUGAUCUGAGUUACCUCGCUAGUUAGCUAAUGAACUCACCAGCGCUAUGUCUGCAUUACACUGCUGCUGUACGGUGUGCUAAUCGGGGCGUUGCAUCGUGCCUGCUGCUUAGUGGUUACCGCAGGAUUACAGCUCGGCUUAGAGCUAGUAAUAAGAAGCUAGCUAGCUAGUUAUCUAAAAAUACUCCUGACCACACGAAUCGACGCCUCCCACGGACUCUGGGGAUAGACGACGGAUACGGUACUUAGGAAGAAACAGUUAAAAACCGGGACUUAAAAAGAAGAAAAAAGAUCCCAUAAAUUUGACUUGGUGAUUUACAGACAAGAUACCCUUUCGGUGGUGGCCGGUGUCCGAGUUUACAAAUGGAGGACUCAUCGUAAAACGUGUCUUCCCACCCUAUGCUGUGUGCUAAAGGCUAAGCCGGCUGCUAUGCAGAGCGUGGAGUGAGCAGGGGUCCAUCUCAGGACCACUGCUGACAGAGGCUCAGAUGGCGCAGAGCUCCAGCGGGGCUAUCCCCACUCUCAGCACCCCAGGGGGCCAGAAUGGCCCGGAUGCAGUGGGAGGCCCCCACCAGCCAGAAGUCAAAGCUGAGGCAUGGCCAAGGGAUGACAUCAGUGAGCCACAUCUGUCUGAGGAUGAAGAGAAAAGAGCGAGUCUGUUGCCGGAAGCCCUGUGUGAAGAUGUUCUCUCUAAGGGCAGAUCUGAUGUUGCUUUUAUACAGAGUUCCUUCUCCAGGUCUCUGCAGAAGGCCGAAUCCCUCCUGAGGACCAGGCUGAACCCUGGCCUGCGCUGGCUGCUCAAGCAGAAGUCUGACGACAGUGGCGAGGACCCCGAGAGCGAGGGCAGCUUUGUGGCCUGUCAGAACCUCACCUCACGCUCCUCACGCCGGCUGCAGCGGUUGGAACAAUGCAUGCUAGGUCUGAGCCAGCACAGUCAGGUCCUGCGGGAGCCGGGUGCUGCAGUGCCGCGAGCAUGCAUUGGGGCCCCAUGCUCAGACAGCGAGUUCCGCCACCACCCUGCGGCCGCCACCUUCGGCCAUGGCUACGGGCAGCUACGGGCACUGCUGGAGGACCGCGCCCAGCUCCUCUUCCUCCACGAGAUUGCCCGCCGACACCGGGCAGCCACCGCAUUCGUGGCCACCCUGAGUGGCCUGAUGGAGCGAGAGCAGCCCCCCUUGGCGUGGGGGUAUGGGAUCGGGGCUCUGUGCGAGGAGCUGAGGUUGCAUGCAGGUGCCUGGGACUGCCUCUGCACCAAGGCCAAGGCCGAUCCCUGGCUGAGGGCCUCAGCGUUCUGGAGCUCUCGGACUGCAGCGGCGGCGCGGCACAGCCUGAUGCUGCUGGGACUGCAGGCCCUGGCACUGACUGAGUGCUAUGUGAGGCUGACUCUGUCCGCCCUGGCCCUCGCCCCCCCACCAGGGCCCUCUGCCGACAUCCUGGAGGACGCACUCAUCGGAGUGGAGACCUUCAACCACAUUGCGGGUGAGGAGGGCGCCCAUGUGAGACACAGGGCAAGGGGCGGGAUGAGGGGCGGGCCCACGCCCUUUCCCAUGGGCCGGCUGCUGCAGGUACUGGCGGAGUGCAGGGGCUGGGUGGCGGCGGAGGCUGUCCACUGCUGGGCUGCUGAUUGUGCUGGCUUCCCCCCUGGUGACCCCCAGAGGCAGAGGUGGGAACAGGUCAGAUGGCCCCCCAACCCGCCCCAAACCCCACCUGGGGGUGCCUGCCCACUGGCUGCCCUCAUCAGGCAGGACGCUGAGUUCACAGAACACCUCUUCCAGGCCCUGCUGGCCACUGACCUGGUGGCGCAGCAUGUCCCUAGCCAGCCAAAGCCGGUGUGCCUGCACACUGCCAACGCCUCCCCUGGCGACCCCCGUGACCUCCAGGAGGGGCUGGAGGCCAAGCGAUGCAAGUCAGUUCAGUGGCGGGAUGCGAGGAAGUCUGACACCUGUGUGGCGCUGGCCAUCCGCUACAGACGCAUGCUGUGGAGCAAAUUCAAUAGAGCCCUCCUCGCCCUCCUCUACAGCCCCCCGCAAAACUGCAUUCUGGGAAGUCUCAACCAAUGUAAGGACCAUAUGGUUCUUAUGGUGGUCAUACAGCUCCACAGUGUCUGCAGAAUAGAGCUGCUCCCAGCUGAAAGCAAAGGCGUGUUGAAUGAUCUCUGCACACAGAUGGUUGCCAAAGCAGCUUUCAGUCGCUGGGAUGAAGUGAUGUGUGCUUCCUUGGGAACGGGACUGAAGGAUAAGUGUCUUCCUGUUCUGGAGGAGGGCAGCUCUACAGUUAGGACUGCCACCACAGAGCUCCUCCUGCAGCUCUUCCCCCCGCUGCACACUACUCUCUGCUGCCUGGAGUCCUCAGCAGGCACUGCACCAUUGGACCAAAGGAUGGCACACUCCCUGCAUCUGGGCCUGUUCAGCCGCGCUGUGGCCUCCGUCCACUCCUCCACCCUCUGGGUCAUGGGCAAAGCCUACCAGUUCCUCUCUGCCUGGGCCCUGGGGAAGUUCCUGCUUGUUACCCUAGGAGACCUGAAGGUACUAAAGGCAGAAGUGGAGAGGCUGGGGCCACAGGUAGAGACACUGGGGGUAAACAGGGAUGCAACACAUUCCCAAAUCGAGCAGCAGGCCGCUCAGCUUACCCGUGGAGUCGCAGACCUACAGGGAUUCUCAGAGCUGGUCCUCAGGAUCUUCUCCAAAGACUGUAAGAGGAUGGCUGUGGAGAUCUUUGAACAGACCAUGCCCUCAGGGAAGCACUGGAGAGUGACCUGCAAAACAGAAUUACCCAGCAGCCCCAGUGACUACGCGACCUCUGCAGCGCAGACCGUGAUUGGCCAGGUGCUGGAGGGGGUGCAGUCCUUCCCAGAUGAGGCGCAGAUCUCCGUGCUGACCGAGGCCAUGACCGCCUUCAUGGAGGCUUGGAUGGAACACAUCCUUAAAAAGAAGAUCAAGUUCAGCCUCCAGGGGGCACUGCAGUUAAAGCAGGAUUUCGACAUGAUCCGGGAACUGAUCCGGUCAGAGGAAUACCGGCUAUCAGAGGAGAUCCACCAGCGGCUGUUGUCACUGCGGGUGUUCCACCAGGUGGACAGUGCCAUUGUGUGUCUGCUCCAGCAGCCUGUGGCCAAGCCCUACAUCCCCUCCCGCAGCUGGGAGCCAUUCCGCCGCUGCUGUCCACACAGGGGUCCACUGGUGGACCCGGGAUCUGGUAGUCUGAACAGUCUGGAGAGUAUGGACAUCCAGGCGGCCCGUGCCCAGGCCCUGAUGGAGGCUGAGGGCUCCCUGGCACCCCGACUGACCACGUCGCCGCCAGAGUCCUACCUGGAUGUCUCUCAGCAGGAGUGGCUGGCCCUGCGAAUCCACAAUGGCACGCGCUGGAAGCUGCCUGGGCUGCAGUGCCUCAACAAGUCAGAGCACUGAUCCUGGAUCAGCCUGCUUCUCCCUGUGCUGUUCCUGGAUCAACCCCCUCUUUCCAAUGCUAACGCUGUAUCAGCCUCUUCCUCCUAGUGGUCUGUGGUUAAGCCUACUCCUCUCUUUAUCACUGACCCUGGAUCAGUCCUAUGUACAGCAGUGCCAGUGUGCAUCUAAGUACUGAUGAGAACCUUCAAGUCACUUUAAAAAUGCUGGUUUUGCAGAAGAUUGAACAAUAAGCGUAAGACAUUAUGUGGAAUCAUUCAGUUCGGACGUCGAAGUCCAAUUGAGCUCAGGGCAUUACCUUUGUCUGUAUUGUUUAAAACCUGAGACAGUGAGCCUUAAUUUCAUUUACUGUAGCUGUAAUCCUAGGAAGGACACCUUGAGUUUUCCUGAGAGGCAGUGAAACCUCAUUUUACUAUAGUUACCUAGUUAGGCAAUAUGCUAAUGAAAUUAACCUGAAACCGUUUGCGUGUGUAAUUCUCUUUGAUGAAAACCAAAAACUUUUUUUCUUAUCAGAUUGAAGGGGAGGUCAUUGUCUGGAGCAGUAAUGGAAACAGUGUCCCCUAUAUUCAUAGCCCCAGUCUCUGGGGGGUAGUUGAGGUAUUCAGCCUGAGCAAAGGGUGCUAUGAUCAUUGCCAUGGCAACAGAACAUGAGUAAUGCUUGUCAUUUGAUGUUUGAUUGAAAGAGAUUUCAGAAAAAGAGGCACAGCUGAUUCUUGGUUAUGGUGCGUCAUGAGUAAGUCAAGCUUCAAACUGAGUGAAUCUCUAAGAUGGUGGAGCUAACAUGUGCAUCAUUGACUCAGAUUUAAACCAAUUAUAGUCUCCUGCUAUGGCAAGCAGAAUCUUUUGAUUGGCUCAUAUGCAAGUCGGUGAUGAGCAGCGUAUGGUAGUUUCACCCAUGAUGGGGCUUCUCAAGCCCCAGUCUCCCAUCAUCGUAGUCAUCAUUUUAUAACAUGUGAAACAGUUAAACUACUUUUAUUUGCAGGUAUAUUUACAAAAGUGUACUUUAUACAGCAAUAAAGAAGCUUAUAUGUAGGUAUAUUCAAACAUUUAAAUAUUUUAUAAAAUCUCUUCACCUUGACUUGCAUAUGAUCUGAAAGCUUUAUAUUGAGAAUGUUCCGUUAGGGGUGUGAUGUGAGGCAUACGAAAAUCACUUGUCACUGAGCCACAGGGUCAGUCACUCAAUUUUAUAUUUGAACAGUUUUCAUUUGGGUGUUGUUUUACAAGAACAAGAACCGUAACAGGAUAUUUCAGAAUUUUUUAUAAAUACAAAAAUUGUAU